AUAGGAAGACUAUUCAUUAAUAUCACCUUCUCAGUUGUUUGGAUCAAAGUGGUAGUGUACAAAGGAUAUCUUAGUCAUCAGGAAUUGUGCCAAAGAAAAGAACUGGAGAGCUACUGGUGUCCGGUUAUGAGACGGAACUACGAAUGCACACCCAGCGAAGAUUUACAUGGAACUCAGAAGAUGUGGUAUUAUAUCAACAAAGGGAUUCUCUCAAGUUCAAUCAUAUCGUGUGCAUCUGAAUUUUUUCCUGUGCUCCUAGUCACACAUUGGCUAGCUUGCGGAGGAGCAGAGGAGAAGGCUGAAGACAUCGAGCGUCGACGAAAGCUUCGGCAAGGUGUGCGGGCGCUGAUGAGAGAGUUCAUCAAAGACAUAUCAAGGGUGUACACAGCAAGUCCUGGAUUAAACAUGCCACCGCUGAAAGUCAGUCCCUACAUGAAACUAUUCUUCUACAUUAUGACUCCUCUGGCGUCAUUAGCAUGUGCUAUACGAUGGAUGGUAUACUUCUAUUGGACUAUAGAUUUCGAUCAUUUGAUGGAGAUUCACUGGAUUACCAAUGACAUCGUCUCUCUUGUUGCUAACAUCUUACAACUUUCGUUCUUUAUGGGUCUGUUUGUGUUUACAUGGUAUUUGACUGACGAAAGACUUGAUGCUCACCACAAGGCUCAUGCUCGUGGAGACAUCGCCAUUCUCUUUGGGUGUUGCCUAGUACUUUUCGUGAAACUUAUCUUGCAAUCAGUCGAGAUAGAAUUUCAACGAAGAGAUGGCUUUGUCACUGUUACGGAUGCAGUCCUGGCUACAGUUUCCUACGUAGCAGUACAGGCUUCACAAUGGUUGCAGUAUUUCUCUGUGAGGAGGAUUCUGGCGAUGUCAGAUAAGGACUGUCAAGCCACUAAGAAAUUUUUACCCAUGGCAGCCCUAGGAGGUCUUCUCAUGGCUUGGAUCCACUUCGGCAUCACCUUCUUUGACACUUCUCUUAUCAAGUACCAGCUGACAGACGAAACAUACAAUUUUUCUCAAACAACUCUGAUUUGUAUGAUAUUUACCCAAACCAUUUUCCCAGCUGAUUAUCUCUUUGCUUUCACUGUCAGCGGAUGCUAUCUGGAACUACUGCAACGAUAUUUGAACAUGGGUUUUUUCCAACUGGGAACUCCGCAAAUCAGCAUAAGCCAUUCACAUUCGCAUCAUGCUGUGCAACAUGACAGCCCCAAACGCUUCAAUGAUGGGCCCAAUAUGGCAACGAUGAUGCAUGCGGCCAACAUCAUGUAUAGAAAACGAAUAGAAAGCGAUGUUGAGACGACGAGUACGGAAAAUAGCAGCCGUGUGAUCUUUUUGGGAGCAAAAGAGGAGUGAUACUGAUUUUACGUCACUUCAUAAUGUUCGUACAUCUGCGCUGGAUGACAAAGCUCAGAUUUCGUGUGUGCAUAUCUCUUCCGCCUUGGAAAUUUCAUUGCUAAAGAGAAUGAUAAAUAACAAUCUUUUAGCGACGUUAACCUAUAUACAUCCCUCCUGCAAAUUUGCAAAAGAUAACUUCGGCAAGAAUAGACACUGACAUGGGCUUUCCACUCUCGAACAGAGUGAUCAAAGCAAAAUUUUUUAAUCCGUUGAAUGUAUCCAUUCUUUUCCAUUCAAACUGACUUAUCAGUAGGGGUUCCGCUACAAAGUUAAAUAUAUCACUGUUUUGUUAGUUCGUACGAAAGCUGACGUAUGGCAAAAAAAAACGGUUUUGUUACACGUGUGAAUAAAAGAUGGC